AAAGAUCCCAAAGACGUAACAGAUAACAAGCCAAAAGAACUCUCACUGAUUGAUAAUCGCCGAGCACAGAACUGUGGAAUAUUAUUAUCAAAACUAAAGAUGACAGACGAAGAGAUCACGAAUGCUAUUUUAAGUAUGGACGAGAAAGAUGAAUUAUCAAAAGAUAUGGUAGAACAGUUAUUAAAGUAUGUCCCAACACCAGCGGAAAAGAAUUUAUUGAAUGAACACAACAAAAACCAGGACCAGUUUGCCAGAGCAGACAAAUUCCUGUAUGAUAUGAGUCGGAUUGUUCAUUACGAACAGAGGCUCAAGUCCUUAUGUUAUAAAAAAAGAUUCGCUGAAAGAAUGGGAGAUGUCAAGCCAAAAGUACAAGCUGUGAUAUCUGCCUGUAAGGAGCUGCAUCGAAGCAAAAGGCUAAGAAUUCUUCUAGAAGUUGUGUUGGCCUUUGGUAACUAUAUGAAUCGAGGAGCUAGAGGCAAUGCAGCAGGUUUCAAACUCAAUAGUCUUAAUAAUAUAAUAGAUACCAAGUCAAGCGCCAAUUCCAAAAUUACCCUUCUUAACUAUCUUGUCAGCGUUUUAGAAAAAUCGUAUCCAGACGUACUCAAAUUAGAACAAGAUCUUCCACAUGUUCGAACAGCGGCAAAAGCCAACCUAAAUGAUCUCGAAUCUGAAAUUACCUCGAUCAAAAAGGAACUAAAGGAGCUAGAAAAGGAGCUUGAAUUCCAGACUCGAAAGAGAGAGAAAACAGCUGGGGACAAGUUCAUCGAAUCCAUGAGUUCUUUCGUCAAAGUAGCUCAGUUUUCCUGCACGGAACUCACAGACGCAUGGGACGAGUUGAAGCAAAAGUAUCAGAAGAUAGUCAAAUUGUUCGGUGAAGAUCCCAAAUCAGUACAAUCAGAUAAAUUCUUUGGUAUAUUUACUUCUUUUUUGGUUUCUUUUGCGGAAGCGAAGAAUCAAAAUGAGGAGAUUAAGAAGAAACGAGAAGCAGAAGAGAGGAAAGCCAAAGCAAUGGUUGAGCAAAAGGAAAAAGACAGACAAAAGUCAGCAGCCCGAAAGUUGAUGACAGGGAGCGAUAAAAGUAAAGACAAGAAGAUGGCAAGUGGCAAAGGAGAUAACAGAGGAGAAUUUGACGACUUGAUCUCUGCCCUGAGGACCGGUGACGUUUUUGGAGAUGAGAUGAGUAAGAUGAAGGGCAGACGGAGAACAGCCGGUCCGAAAUCAACUCGUAAAAACGAAACAAAAAAUGAAAGAGAGCGACUAAAUUAAAUAAUGCCAACACUUGGAAAACCUUUCCAAUGUUUCUAAAAAAUCGAAAGCAAUCAAAGCCAGUCAGUGUCCGUGUAAAAAUAUGUUAAACUGACAAAUGCUAAAAAAAGCCAUUCGUGAUAUACCUAAGCAAUCAUUGGGCAAAAUUACAGGAAGGACAUCUUCAAUCGUAAAAAAAGCAUAACGAGAAUUUUAGAAAAUACAACCGCUCAUAAAAAAAUACUUUUUGUUUUUUAAAAAACAGUCAAAUGUAUUUGAAAUGUAUAUACCCACCAUAAUAUAUACAUCAAGCAUCGUAUACCAUCCGUAAUUGCCCUUCAAGCCCUUACAGGGUCGAUGUCGACUUCCGCAUAGCUUUGAUAAUUUUCGGGCAAGGUUUUAAUGCUAAGAAGUUGUAGAGGUAGAGAGGUAGUGUUAAGGCGAAGCUAGGCGGCAAUACAGUCCACCCUAUAGUACUGUACCAUAUCUAUCGAGUAUUCGUUCCUAUUCUAUUGCGUCGUGGAUGGAUUCUUGCUCACAUUAGCCAUUUCGAGGGGGAAAUGGGUCGAGCUUGCAUUGCAAUGCAUUAUGGUAUUGUUUUUGAGUACAGUCUCAGGUCCCUAAGACAAUCCCACAAUGUACUGCAAUACCAACUCUACCCACUUUUUACUUCGACCUCUGAAUGACUAUGCAGAGGGUCUGAACCACGUUUGUCAAAGGCCUAGUCUCCCCCAAUUCAUUCGUAAAGGGGUUGUAUUAACUAUACAUCUAUUUCAAAAAUCUCUGGUGAAAGUUUUAUUGCAUCUUGCGUGCUGCAUCUUGCUUGUUGCUUACCAAUGUUGGACUGGGUUGUGGCCAUAUGCAAUUUAUGUCAACAGAAUAAAAUAUACCGGGAAAAUGUGCAGACAAUAUUUAGGAAAGUUAUAUAUCGUGAGCUUUCGCUGAUGGCAUUCACAAAGUUCACAGUGCAUUUCGGGUUUGGUAUGCAACCUGCAACUAAACCUUUGCCGACUUCUUUUGAAAUAGCUGUAUACACUCGACCUGCGUAGCGGCGAGGGACUGUCUUGUAGUCUGAGGGAAAGUGAAUAAUGUUUUAAAGGGCGAUGUUACUAAAUUUAAGCAUGGGAACCAAUGUUUUCCCGUAAAAAUAUAAAAGAAAAAAUAUUUGGUUUAGUGAAGAGCCACUGUAGUAAUAUUGAGUUUUAAUGGGCUGUUUUCAAGAGAGAGAGAGAGUAAAAGAGUUGAAGGAAUAGCGACAUUUUCUUGUUUGUUUUUGUGGGUUUUUCAGUCUUGUGUUUUUGUUUUGUUUGUACGUUUGCGCUCUUGUAUAGUGAUUAUUUAAGUUAUAAAAUGUGACACAGUGCUGUAGUUUAAGGUAGCAGUCUCCAGAAUUUUUUGAGAUUUUGACAUGUCGGGGACUGAGCUGGUUCAGUGUUGGUAAAUAACACUUGAUUAAAGAAAAUAGUGAUUUUACUUGGCUCAAGAAAAAAUAGAGCGGUUUUAGUAUGAGUAGAUAACUACAGUACUGACAAACGGCACAUUAAAAUGAUUUCCCAUUGUC